AUGGGGAGUGGAAUCAGUGCCGAGGAUAAAGAACUUGCCAAGAGGUCCAAGGAGCUGGAAAGGAAGCUGCAGGAGGAUGCUGAGAAGGAAGCCAAGACGGUCAAGCUGCUGCUGCUUGGUGCUGGGGAGUCAGGAAAGAGCACCAUCGUCAAACAGAUGAAGAUCAUUCACCAGGAUGGAUACUCUCCAGAAGAAUGCCUAGAAUUCAAAUCUGUCAUCUAUGGGAACGUGUUGCAGUCCAUCCUGGCUAUCGUCAGAGCCAUGGCCACACUAGGCAUCGACUAUGCAGAACCAAGCUGUGCGGAUGCGGGUCGACAGCUCAAUAACCUGGCAGACUCCAUUGAGGAGGGGACCAUGCCCCCUGAGCUGGUGGAGGUCAUCAGGAAGUUGUGGAAGGACCCUGGCAUUCAAGCCUGCUUUGACAGAGCUGCAGAGUUCCAGCUCAAUGACUCGGCAUCUUACUACCUGAACCAGCUGGACCGGAUUACAGACCCUGACUACCUUCCCAGUGAGCAAGAUGUGCUCCGAUCCAGAGUCAAAACCACAGGCAUUAUCGAGACCAAGUUUUCUGUGAAAGAUCUGAAUUUCAGGAUGUUUGACGUGGGAGGGCAGAGAUCAGAGAGGAAGAAAUGGAUCCACUGCUUUGAGGGAGUCACCUGCAUCAUUUUCUGCGCGGCUCUCAGCGCCUAUGACAUGGUGCUGGUGGAAGACGAUGAAGUGAAUCGCAUGCAUGAGUCUUUGCACCUGUUCAACAGCAUCUGUAACCACAAGUUCUUUGCAGCCACCUCCAUUGUCCUCUUCCUCAACAAGAAGGACCUCUUCGAGGAGAAAAUUAAGAAAGUCCACCUCAGUAUUUGUUUUCCAGAGUAUGAUGGGAACAACUCCUAUGAGGAUGCCGGGAAUUAUAUCAAGAGCCAGUUCCUUGACCUCAACAUGAGAAGAGAUGUCAAAGAAAUCUACAGUCACAUGACCUGUGCGACAGACACACAGAAUGUCAAAUUUGUGUUCGAUGCAGUUACAGAUAUUAUCAUCAAAGAAAACCUCAAGGACUGUGGGCUCUUUUAA